UACGCCUUCGUUCCUUGGUGGAAGUGACGUAGAGCUGUCAACAUGUAAGAUGGCGGCUCAUCACAGGCAGAAUGCUGCUGGGCGGAGAAAAGUGCAGGUUUCCUAUGUAAUAAGAGAUGAGGUGGAGAAAUACAAUCGCAAUGGGGUAAAUGCUCUACAGUUGGACCCGGCUCUGAAUCGGCUAUUCACGGCAGGAAGGGACUCCAUCAUUAGGAUAUGGAGUGUCAACCAGCACAAACAAGAUCCCUACAUAGCAUCCAUGGAGCAUCAUACAGAUUGGGUGAAUGACAUUGUGUUGUGUUGCAAUGGAAAAACCUUAAUAUCAGCUUCUUCGGACACCACAGUGAAAGUCUGGAAUGCACAUAAAGGCUUUUGCAUGUCUACGUUGCGGACUCACAAGGACUACGUAAAAGCUUUAGCAUAUGCAAAAGACAAGGAAUUGGUGGCAUCUGCAGGACUGGAUAGACAGAUUUUCCUUUGGGAUGUAAAUACAUUAACAGCACUGACUGCCUCAAACAACACAGUUACAAGUUACAUUGUUCCUAUACUGGAACAGGUGCUGAGAGUCUGGGACCCUCGGACCUGUGCGAAACUAAUGAAACUGAAAGGACACACAGACAAUGUGAAAUCAUUACUAUUAAACAGAGAUGGAACACAGUGUUUAUCUGGCAGCUCUGAUGGGACAAUCCGCCUGUGGUCCUUGGGUCAGCAGAGGUGUAUAGCCACGUACCGAGUACAUGAUGAAGGAGUCUGGGCUCUCCAGGUUAAUGAAGCCUUCACCCACGUUUACUCCGGGGGACGGGACAGAAAAAUCUACUGUACAGAUCUCCGGAGUCCCGACAUCAGGGUUCUCAUCUGUGAGGAAAAAGCCCCAGUUCUGAAGAUGGAACUGGACAGAUCAGCAGAUCCUCCUCCAGCUAUCUGGGUGUCCACCACUAAAUCCUCAGUGAACAAAUGGUCCCUAAAGGGUAUCCACAAUUUCAGAGCAUCUGGUGAUUAUGACAAUGACUGUAGCACUCCCUUGACACCUCUUUGCACACAACCAGAACAGGUCAUCAAAGGGGGAGCUAGCAUAAUUCAGUGCCACAUACUGAAUGAUAAGAGACACAUACUUACCAAAGACACAAACAACAAUGUGGCUUACUGGGAUGUACUGAAGGCAUGUAAAGUGGAAGACCUUGGGAAGGUAGAAUUUGAUGAAGAAAUCAAAAAGAGAUUCAAGAUGGUAUACGUGCCAAACUGGUUCUCUGUAGAUUUGAAAACUGGGAUGUUGACAAUCACUUUGGAUGAGAGUGACUGUUUUGCUGCCUGGGUCUCUGCCAAGGAUGCUGGAUUCAGUAGUCCCGAUGGAUCUGACCCAAAACUAAAUCUCGGUGGACUGCUUCUUCAAGCUUUGUUGGAGUACUGGCCAAGAACGCACAUCAACCCAAUGGAUGAAGAGGAAAAUGAAAUUAACCAUGUUAACGGGGAACAGGAAAACAGGAUACAGAAAGGAAAUGGGUAUUUUCAGGUUCCACCACACACUCCAGUCAUUUUUGGGGAAGCAGGAGGAAGGACUCUUUUCAGGUUACUGUGUCGAGAUUCAGGUGGUGAAACAGAGUCCAUGCUGCUAAAUGAGACUGUUCCACAAUGGGUUAUUGAUAUCACUGUGGAUAAAAAUAUGCCUAAAUUCAACAAAAUCCCAUUCUACCUCCAGCCUCACUCCUCUUCUGGUGCAAAGACUCUAAAGAAGGAUCGGCUCUCUGCCAGUGACAUGCUGCAGGUGAGAAAAGUCAUGGAGCACGUGUACGAGAAGAUUAUAAACCUAGACAAUGAGUCGCAGACCACCAGCUCCUCCAACAAUGAGAAGCCAGGAGAGCAGGAGAAAGAGGAAGAUAUAGCUGUGCUGGCAGAGGAGAAGAUUGAACUGCUCUGUCAGGAUCAGGUUUUGGAUCCAAAUAUGGACCUGCGAACAGUAAAGCAUUUUAUCUGGAAGAGUGGUGGUGACCUCACCCUCCAUUACAGACAGAAAUCUACGUGAACCAAAGGCAUGGGAGUCUGAAAAUCUGCCAGCCACCGCCAGACUGUACUUUUAAUCACUGUACCAAUCUCAAGAGUAGUACUGUAGAAGCCCCACUCGACCCUGUGUUAGAUACUGUCUUUCAGUGAUCAGGCCACACGACAAUUUCUAAUUAUUGCAAGAAGCUGUUUCAUAAUGUAAUAUAGAUAAACUAUAGAAUAUACAAUGAAUCACUGUUGUCUGAAUUACUUUGUCCAUGAGAAAGAACACAAUAUGGUAUGGGGUACAUUAUGCUGUGUACAGUGAAUGGAUUAAAAAAAUAAUUCCCAGGACAUUAUUAUUACUACUUUUUAUUUUUAUUUUCUUUGCUUUCUAGUUGUACUUUUGGUUUGUACAUAUUUUGAGGGGGCAUGCCCAUUUUGGAACACACCACGUUGGUUGUUUGUGCACAUCAGUGUUCUCUUUGUGAUGUGUUGGGUAAAUUGCACGCUUUUUGUGUUUUUUUUUCAGUACAUUCCAGGAACAUGCUUUGUUUCCAACAACGUUACCACCCUUUGUCUUUCCAUACUAGUGAGAAGUCCAAAUGAAGAAUGUGGACAUGCAAGCUACAGUAUGAAACAAUCAUAAACGUUCAAUCAAGUGUGAGUUAGUAAGGGUAAUGACCUGACCUGGCAUGUUUCAUUUCAUGGGCUUUUGAUGCCUCAUCGUUCUUCCUCGUAAGAAAUGCAUCGGAACAAAUCCUUCGAUUCUGCGAAUAUACAGCACUGAGAUACAUAAAUACGUAGGGGUUUUAAGCAUAAGCAUCAAUUUAUACGUCAAUCGGAAUCCCAUGGAUUUAAUUUCACCUCAAUGUUUCAUGCAUAGAAGUUCCAUUUUCUCUUAUGCAUAUUCUAGGUGGGCUGCACUGCCUUUCAUUAGUAGAGGGUAUCUGUUUUUUUCCUUUUCUGUAAAUUAUGUGUAUUUUAAAACUUAUUUUAUAGGUAAAGUGAAAUACAUGAUUCCCUUUAUUUUUAGGAAGCCAGUUUGGACUUGUUUUUAUGUAGCAAUUCUUUUCUGAAUUCAGUAGAUUUUCUCCUAAAAAAAAAACAGAAGUAAAGCUACAGCGCUAUAUUUAUAGCCUUGUGGAGAACACCGUGUCAAUGUCCAUAUAGUAGGAUUUCUCAUGUAGGAAUAAUACAGGGAUGAUGUCCUUGUUGUUACCCAUGCCUGCCUGCAAAAUAUCAACUUAGCCGUUGAUACAUACAAAAAAACUAAGGGUUUGCAACAAAUGUUAUUUUGAAGAAAGUUGAGUAUUUUCCAAAUGAGACAGUGAAGCUCAGUCCAAUUUUUUAUAUAGUACAAUUUAAGCUGUGCUCCAUGAAUUUGACUUUUAUUGGUGGUAAUUUCACUGCACAGUGUAACAGAUUAUAGAAAAUAUAUUUCAGCAUAAAAAGGAUAAUAUUUUCGUUUUGGCCAGUCCAAAAAUAAAAUUGAAAACAGAUCUCUUAAGUAUAGUUGUUGUACAAGCUGUAUAUGAAGUUAAAAUCUAUGGGGAAUGUGUAAAGCUGCCAUAUUCAUGACCCCUGUAUUAUUUAUGCUCCCCGUGUUGAUUGUAACUAUGUAUGUAGUAUAUUUUGGUUUAAUAUCUGCUAAAUAAAUUGACCAAUAUAAAAUUC